UAGAAUGGUUUGCCAGUACUCUAAAUCAAUGAUUUUGUACAGUGUGUGAACUGGAAAUGGCAAGUCCAUGCAGUAAAUAUUGCUGUUUAAGAGAGUUAAGUGAACUGUAUUUUAGUUGAAGAAACUCGUGUGUUGUCUUUGAAAGAUAUUAAAUGACAAAAUCAGUAUUUUUCAUCAGAAUUGAAUACCUUCAGUGUGGCGUGAAGAAUACUUCAGGUCUCUGUUGGAUGCAUUUCCAACUUGUGCUGAUGGAAUGUUGCAGUGUUAUGAGUGAACUUGUGCUAUAGCCAGGUACCACAAUGCCACACCAGUUUGGGUUACCAGUCAUGGCGCAUAGCAUGCAGUCACCACCUUCCCCACCCAAUCUUUUUGAGAGGUUUAGCUCCAUGUUGUACAGACCAGAGGAUCAACGGCUCACCCGUGAAGCCAUGGAACGGUAUCUGCGUGAAAGAAGUGACAUGGUAAUUGUAAUUCUGCAUGCCAAGGUAGCCCAAAAAUCAUAUGGUAAUGAAAAGAGAUUUUUCUGCCCUCCUCCUUGUAUUUACUUGUUUGGAGAGGGAUGGCGACUGCGCCAGGAGCAGAUGUUACGAGAGGGAGAAACAGAACAAGCAGCCCAGCUUUGCGCAUUCAUUGGAAUUGGAAACUCGGAUCAAGACAUGCAACAGCUAGACCUGAACAAUGGCAAGCAGUAUUGUGCUGCAAAGACUCUGUAUAUUUCUGAUUCAGAUAAGCGUAAACACUUUAUGUUAUCUGUCAAGAUGUUUUAUGGGAACGGGCAUGACAUUGGGGUAUUUCAUAGUAAACGGAUCAAGGUUAUCUCCAAACCUUCUAAGAAGAAACAGUCUCUUAAAAAUGCUGAUUUAUGCAUUGCUAGUGGCACUAAAGUUGCACUUUUCAAUAGACUAAGGUCUCAAACAGUGAGUACUCGUUACCUGCACGUUGAGAAUGGUAACUUCCAUGCUAGUUCUACACAGUGGGGAGCAUUUACAAUCCACUUACUAGAUGACAAUGAAUCAGAGUCUGAAGAAUUCGCAGUGAGAGAUGGCUAUGUUCAUUAUGGUAGCACUGUGAAGUUGGUGUGCAGUGUUACUGGCAUGGCACUUCCAAGACUAAUCAUUCGAAAAGUUGAUAAACAGAUGGCCCUUCUGGAGGCAGAUGAUCCUGUUUCACAGCUCCACAAAUGCGCCUUUUACAUGAAAGAUACAGAGAGAAUGUACCUGUGUCUUUCUCAGGAACGCAUUAUACAGUUUCAGGCCACACCCUGUCCCAAAGAACCAAACAAGGAAAUGAUAAAUGAUGGAGCUUGUUGGACUAUCAUCAGUACAGAUAAAGCUGAAUAUCAGUUCUUUGAAGGGAUGGGUCCUGUUCGAUCCCCAGUAACACCUGUUCCUGUCGUGCAUAGCUUACAUCUUAAUGGUGGUGGUGAUGUAGCUAUGCUGGAAUUAACAGGAGAGAACUUCACACCAAACUUACAGGUGUGGUUUGGAGAUGUGGAAGCUGAAACAAUGUAUCGAUGUCAAGAGAGCAUGUUAUGUGUUGUCCCUGAGAUUUCUUCAUUUCGUGGCGAGUGGCUGUGGGUGCGGCAACCCACUCAGGUGCCAGUGUCACUGGUGAGAAAUGAUGGAAUCAUCUAUGCCACUGGCCUAACUUUUACAUAUACACCAGAACCUGGACCACGUCCUCAUUGUCCUCCAGCAGAUGACAUUAUGCGGAGUGGUGGGCAAGUUCCACGCAUGCCUGCAAUGUCAGAUGUACCAUGGAGUCAACAUCAGCCUCCACCACAGGGAGGAAUGUGAUGCGUCUGUAUCCAAGUUCCUUCUGCUGCAGCUCCAUUACCACUACCUUAAGGAAUAUGAACUAUAUGUAGAAUGCAAAAUACAUUCAGCUAUUAUAUUCAGAGUUCAACAAACUUAUUGAAACUAUAACUACAUUGUGUGAAGGUUUUGUCUUGAGGCAUUUUAUUAAAACUAAAAUUCAUAAGCAUUGUACAUACGUAUAUGGUUCUUUAAAAUACAUUAAGGACUUUAAAACUGUACAUACCAAUUUUUGUGACUUAGUCAUGCUCACUGAUUACAAACCAAUAAAGAUAAAAUAAUACAUUUAACAGUUGAUGUUUCCAGAUGCUGUUUGUGCUCUUUAUUUGAAAUAUAUAUAAAAUAUAACCAAUACAUAUUUAUCAUAUAUGGACAUCCUCUUUGUUUUAUGACUAUAUAAUACAUAUACAAAAAAUAGUUUUUUUGGUAGAAUAUAAUUUCCCAAGGAAGUGAAUACUUUAUGUUGCUGGUUUUUAUGUUAGUCAUUCACUCAGACCUGAAUCCUCACUGAUCAAUGUAUCAUGGACAUUACUACUUUUACAUGCUGUUUACUUUGAAUAGAUGUCAUCCUUAUUGUUAUUUAAUAAUUACAGAUGUAUCUGGUGUAUAAGUGAGUAAAAUAGUAUUUAUGUGAAACGUCUUACGGGCAGGGUAGCAGACAGGGCCUGUGCAAUAUUGCUGGGUUAAUUUAGCAUAAAAGUGUCGUGGACCAAUGCAGUUUGUAUUUUACAGGCACAGUAUGAAAGCUAGGCAUUCUGUACAUUGCUUGUCAGUUUAGGCAAAUUAUAAAAUUUACAUAUUUUUAUUAAUUAUUAUAUACUUAUUCCAAGCAUUUUAUAACACAUCAAGGCAUUCUGUAGAAUACCAAGAAUGAUCCACAUGAUGUAUUUCUUCUUUCAUCAAAAGUAAUCUGUUCUAUUGUGCAAUAUCAUAGGAAGUGUUAUAAAUUUAUUCAGUAAUUAAAGUUCCAGAUAAAGCCUAGUUUAUAUUGAUGUAUGACUGAAUACAAAAAACACUACUGAGUCAACUUUAUGAGGUUUAUUAUUAUACAUUAUAACAAUUAUUAUUAAUGAUGUAAUGCAGAUGCUUAAUUAAAGGGAUUAUCAAGAGAACAAAAUGUUCCCCUAAUUCAAUUUUCAUGCUUGGCAUUGUAUUAAAUGCAUAGGCAAUGUAUGAAACAUGUGUUUCAACUUUGCUGUAUAUUUUAUCACUAUAGUACACGUAAGUACUGUAUUGAAUGCUGGAUUUUAGGUGUUGCCUGCAAUACACAUACAUGUAUUGUGUACACACAACUAUGAAUCAUGUUGAGGUAUAAGUCCACGAUGACAAAAUGGAAGCAGUACAAUGUGAACCUUUUAUUUCUUAACAUUUAUGCAUUAUUUUUCCCUGAAUGAUGGCGGAGUUUCAAAAAGUAAGGUGAGAAUAUUUCUAUGUAUGACUGGCAACACAGAUGAGCCCUGGUCAUGCUGUGGCUCAAGGUUAGAUGAUGGCAUUCUGUGAGUGUUGUUAAGUUUUAGUUUUCUGCAGGGCAAGCAUGGCAUAAAGAUGACUGCUCGAAUAAAGGCUCAAUGCAGACAAGUAAGAAUGCCCUCCCACUUAAAUGAACAAAUCAUGGAGUGUGCUCAAGCAAUGAUUCUUGGAAAAUGUAGUGUAGGAACUGUGAAAAUUGCUGCAAGACUGGGCAUUAAUUUUUCAUGUCUUUGGGGCAAACCUUUAGUAUAUCAACCAUAUUUAUGCCACACUCCUUGAGCACAUGUGGACUACAAAUGAACCACUUGGAGCAUGACAUUGUCUGCCCUUGAGCUACAGUAUGGCCAGGUAUCAGCAGUGUUGCCAAUCAUGCAACAAAACUUCCAUUUUUCCCUUUUUUAAGUUACCUCAUAUAAUUUCUACUUCAGUAGUGCACUAAGUCUCCUAAAAAUCUAUGUAAUUUUCUGUCUUUAAACUGAACUCUUAAUAGAAGACUGAUGAUACUAUGUUGUGGUCUAGUUUACAUGGAAAUAAGUUAUGUGAUAAUGGAAUGUAAUUUAAAAUGUAAAAUUUUUUGCACAUUCUAAAUAAGGAUAAUAAAGUUAACACCCAAUUUCUCUUACAAUUAAUCAUCCUCUAAGAAGGCUAUAUGAAACAGUAACAUCAGAACAAAUAUACAACAGUUUCAUUCACGUGUAUGUUUUAAUUUUUUUUUUUAAGUGAAACCAGAAGAAUAACAUUUAAGUAAUGAUCUGAAAAUCACAUUUCGGACAUGUUAUUGCAGUUUUGAAUGUAACAUAUCUAAAUUUCAUUAACAUUCUCUGUGCUUCGUAUGAGAUAUUUUGCUUCAAGCACUGCAUAUGUCAGCAAUUAAAAUUGUUUUUCAAGAGAAGGAAAUAUAAUAUAGGUUCAUAAAUCAGGCCUAAAACUAGCAUUUAAAAGGUUGUCUUCAUUUAUAUUUGGGGUAAUAUAUAAUUUAUCUUCCUUACAAAUGUAAUUUUGGUAAAAUUUAUUGUGUCUCAAGACAAAAUACAAACUGUUUUCUAUAGAGUAUAAAUCCAUUUGAAGAUUUAUUUGUUUAUGUUACCAAGAAUGUGCAACCAAAGUGUGGGGUCAUUGUUUGCUUCUAACAGUGUUUAGAACAUGGAGAAAUUCAUUGGGAGAAUCUUAAUUUUUAAACUUGUAAUCUCUUGGCUGUGGCCACAUCCUGUACUGGUCUAUCAAAUACUAUUCAAAAGUGGAUUGAAAAUAUUUAAUACUGAUCAGUUUCAUGUUAAAAAUUGAGUUUUUACAAGUGUAUUGGUUUCUGCUUGUCUACACAGAAUUGCUAUAGAGAACUUCGCUGUGUUAAGCAUGAUGUUCCAGGUAUCAAGCUCUCUUUAUCAUGUUAAGAAUAUAUAUAAACUCUUAGUACCUGUCGGUCCUAAAUUACUAUUUUGUUACAAUCAAACUAUAAUCUAUUGGUACUUAAUCCAGUCACAUUGCUGGACCAGAUAUGAUGGCAUCAGGGCUUACAUGUAUAUUUGGAAAAUCACAUUAAUUGGAUUUAUUUGAGAGUAUAGAUAAUGGAAAUUAGUCCUUUUCUAUUAUUUUAUUUAUUUAUUUGGAAGGGUUGGUGUCAAAAGUGUGAUGCAGUUGGUUUAGUUCAGUAACAGAGAGUAGGAAAUGGAGGGUCAUGUGGUUUAGUGAAGGAGAGGCUGGAGUGAAUCUAGUUCUUUCAUUUACUUUAUCUCCUACUCCUUACCAUUCCCUAUGUAAAUAAAUAUAACACAGCCUUGGCUAUUCCUGCCGCAGUGCCCUUCAUAGUGCAACGCAGUCACAAAAACUAAGAAACUAGACUAUUUUGCCAGACGUUUAAAAAAGAUUGUUAUGUGGUGACUGAUAAGGAUACAGACACACAAACAGUGUGUAUCAAUAAAAUUAUAUUAGGUAUUAAAGGGAUGAGUAAAUGAAUAGUUUGAUAUUUCACAGUUGCCUCUAAAACAUAUAUGUUUUUGUAUUAUGACUUAUGAUUAACAAAGCAAUAACUUUUGAAAUAACAUCCACUGCAGUGAUAAUACAAUGUUUCAUACCAAUCUGGAUUACUCAACUUAGAAGGAACUGUAAAGUAUAUUUACAGAAUGUUACUGCAUUGAAUAAUGCUGCUCUUGCUCCCAUUUUCAAAGUUGUGAUGUCUGUUGUUUUUUUUUUUAAAUUAUAGGUUUAGUGGCAUAACUUGUGAAAAUAGACAAGGUAUGAAGGAUGAAUGUACAAAUGUGUUGAUACCAUAAGAAUUUCUUCACAGUGGAGUAUGACACAAGAUUAAAAGGAUUUGCCAUUUGAUAUUCUUUUGCUUGAUAAGUGGACCAUUCCUCACUUAUUGUCAGAAUUGGUGCCAAGAUCUAAGACAGCAUAUACGUAAAUGCACAAAUAUCUACUUAAAAACACCCAGUAUCAGGAUAAUUAUUUUGUUAAAUAACUGAUGCUAAAACAUAUAAAUCCAUAAUUAUGCAGUUUUUACUGGAGCUUCACAAAAGGGACUUGGAUUUUGCAGGAUGGUGCUAUUGUCAAACAGCCAGGGCAUUCUGUAGAUAUCCUGGAGGAAAUGUUUAAAGAUUGUUCAUUUCAAAGGUAUCGUGGCCACCCUAACAUCUGCUGACAAUCUGUGGGAUUAUAUUCAAGAACACUCUUGCACAUGUCCCUCAGAAAAUGAUCAAGGGAACUGAUGCAUAUAUUCAGAAUAAUGGAGGACAGUCGCAUCAUGUUUUGUGAACACUGAUUUAUGUUUGUGUUCACCAGAUAUGGUUUCUGUUUUUGUACAGUUUGAAAUCAUCACCCUAUAAUCUCUUAUAAUUGAUUCUGAGUAUGAAAAAUAGGAGCUAUCAUGUUCACUCUAAAAGUUACAACUUGUCUGUUAAUUUCAUCUUCUUUGAGGUCAUUGCUUUACUGUUUUAGAAUAAUUUCAAUUAAAAUUAAAAUAAUCUGAAAGUAAGACUGAUCUUCAAGAUACAAGGUAUAUGUAUUCUCAUUUCAAAAAAUGUACAGAGAUUUGGCAGGUGUCAUAACUUCAGUUUCUUAUAAAAUUUGUUUCAUAUUUUAACUAAUCCUGCCAAUUUUGUUACUAUAUGAUUACUUAUUUCAUGUAUUGAAAGUACGUUGAACUUCCAAAACUCAAAAUAGGCCACUUUCAGCUAACAGUUCCAUUUCUACGUUAUAUUUGGCUUCAUUUAUCCUGGCUUCAUAUCUUAAAAGAAACUACUUUUGGUACAAAAUGGCCAGGCAGAUAACUGGAUCACAACAGUGUGUGAAAUAAUGAACUGUUGAUGUGGUAUGCAGUAACCAAAUCGAUAAAUGUAGCUCAUUAACUGUUUUGGGAUGUGUUCAGUUUCUGCAGCAGAGUGAGAAUUCAGUUAACAUACCUGUGCCACAUUGAUUACAAAUGUAUAGGAAACAUAAAAUAUAUAGUUAUAAUAUUAAUGUACAUUAAUAAAUAUUUAUAAGUAUUUGGUA